CGUAACUGACAUUCUUGUAAUUAUUACUUAAUACCAGUUUUAUAAAAAAUCUACCUGAAAAUCUCAUACAUAUGUUGAAUUGAGUAAUUAAUAUUUUUGUAUAAAAAAUAAAACCAUGGGUUUUAAAUAUUUAGUGCUCAUACUUCUUAAUAUUUGUGUAUCCCUAGCAAAGUUUUCUGAAUUAUCAGUAGAGGUUGAAGAAAUUCAUCUAUUGGAAAAUGAGCCACUGGAAUUAAAUUGUACUGGUUUUAAUCAAAAAUUUAUUUAUCCUACAAAUUCAACAAGCGGAGUUCCUACAUCAUCAGUAGAGAUAAUAGAAGACCGUGAAAAAGGAAAAGUAUUACUCAGACGAAAUAAAACAGGUUAUGGUGACACAGGAUGGUACGGAUGCCUUGAUUCUUACGAUUUUCCUAUUAAUUCAACGAUAGAACACGAGAAUAUUACACCAGAUAAUUAUCACAAGAUUAACCUAAAAUGGGCUAACGUUUCCGUAAAAUGGAUUUAUGUUUACGUCAAAUCUAGUGAACAUAAUUUUGUUCAACUUCGGGAGACGGUACAGACCAUUAAUAUUGAAGCAGGUAACGAUGCAGUACUUUCAUGUCGCCUUACUUCACCAGAUUACACUGUCAAACUAUAUAGCGACGGACAAGAAAUUGAUUUGAAUUCAAGAUUAUCAUUUGAUCCUAGAAGAGGAUUUUUACUGAAAAACGUUACGAUUAAAGACUCAUCUUAUUAUCAAUGUAUAGCUGAUGAAUCAUCCGAGGAAGUGGAUUAUUUGCUUCACGUUAUUCGAAGACGAACUUCCGAAAAAAUUUUAAAACCAGUGAUAAGAUUCUCACGGGAGCGUUUAGUUGUUGAUAAAGAACUUGUAAUAAAUUGUUCUAUUGAAACGGACAUAGACAGUGUAUUCAUACUGGAUUGGAAGAUACCACAAUCGGACAAGGAAAGUUCCAACUAUUUUAUUAGGGAACUAAUUGAUAGCAAUUCAAUUCGUUAUACUAAUAGAUUAACAAUUAAGAAUUUUACCCAUGAUGAGGAGGGAAUAUAUGAAUGUGAUCAUACUACUCAUGAUGGACAUAACUCAACGUCAAUAGAUAUAACACUAGCUGAUGCUGAGUUUCAUCUUGAAACUCAAAAAUUAAUCAACGAAGGGAACAAAAAUAAUUAUACCAACGGUUAUCUCAUUCCUGAUUUUGUGGGAUUGAAUUGCAGCGAUAAGGUAGAACUGUCCCCUGCUGCGGUCGAGAGUUUGAAGAAUUCAAUAGUUAAUGAGAUUAAACGUAAUCUUACUGAUAUUAUUUCUAAUGCUGUCAAAGAGUAUUUUGAAAAAUAUUUAAUGAGUGCUUUCUCGUCACGUGAGUCGAAAAAUUCUCUGAUUUUUUCAAUACUAGCUCCUAUGACCGAUCCUUAUUACUAUGUUGCAAGAAGUCAAAAUUCCACAAGAACAUUCACGGCAACCACUCCUUAUUACUAUCCUACAAGAAUCCAAAAUUCUACAGAAUCAGUCACUGAGACCACUCCGUAUUACUUUUCUCAAACAAAUCAAACUUCUUCAGACUUUGAGGAAUAUGAAGGUAUAGAUACCAUUUUUGAAGAUUUGAAAUAAUUUCUGAAUUAGUCACGAAAAAAAAAAAAUCGGUGUCUGUUACUGAUCAUUAUUUCCAUGUUGGAUAGCCACUUAUCCUUCAACUAUAAAUAUAUCACUAAUUUAACGAAGGGUGAACUUAUAGCAGAUCCCCAGGUUAAUUUCACUAAUUCACUUUCAGAGAGUUAUUAAUUAAUUAACUUGCAUAUUUUGUAUCAUUAUCAAGUAUAAUAAAGAAAAUAUAUGUAUAUUUGUA